AUGUCGUCAAAUCUGCUUCUUGCAGACAUUCAAAAAGCCUUUUUACAGAUAGCAAUCAAAGAAGAAGACAGAGAUGCCUUCAGAUUUCUCUUCGAGCGCGACGAAAAAGAGGAACAUUUUCGGUUCGCCAGAGUUCCAUUCGGGGUUGAAGCCAGCCCAUUCUUACUCGGUGCUACAUUAGAAUACCACUACGACCAACAAUCACCAGAAUUAGAGGAAAGAGUGACUGCCCUUAGAGAAAGUACGUAUGUGGACAAUAUCAUGCAAACGGGAAAUAACAUUGAUAAGUUGGAGAAGUUUAAGAAAGAAAGUGAAGUUAUUCUUGAGAGUGCAAAAUUACCGAUUCACAAGUGGGAGUCGAACAUCGCGACAUUAGAGGAUGAGAACAUGUCAAAUCCUAGCAAAAUUCUUGGUCAUGUUUGGGACAAGCGUGAAGACACUCUAGAAAUACAAGUACCAGCAGUACGUGAGACAGAACCAGUUACGAAACGAAGCAUCUUGAGUCAGCUUGGCAAAGUGUACGACCCAUUGGGAAUAAUAUCACCCACGAUGGCCGAAGGAAAACACAUUUACAGAGAGGCUUGUGAAGAGAAAAAGGGAUGGAAUGCCGAGGUUUCACCAGAAUUGAAGAUACAGUGGUACAAGAAGAUAGCUGAGAUAACCAACGAGCUUGGCAUCAUUUGGAAAUAUUGUCCGUCAAAUAAGAAUCUUGCUGAUCUAGGGAGCAGAGGAGCAACCAUGGAAAAAUUGCAAAACGGAAGCUGGUUUAACGGUCCAGAUUGGUUAUUAGAGAAAGAACAAUGGCCAGAGCAACCAAAUUUGAAACUAACUACAUCUGUCAGUCAAGAAUGCAAACCAAUUAAAGAGCAAGCACUGUUUACGAAAGAUCGAGAGCCAGACGAAUGGGACGCUUUGUUAGAAAGAAACACAUACUGGCGUACAUUGCGAGUAACAUCAUGGGCAUUAAGAUUUCUAAACAACUGUUUGGCAAGAGUUUGUCGAAACCAAAAGCGAUCGGGGCCUCUUGUAAGCGAAGAAAUUACAGUUGCAAGAAACGCUUGGGUAAGGAGAGUACAACAAGGUGUCAACCCUGAAUUACAAGCGCCAGGUUGGAAAAUCGUCGAAGACGAAGUAACCGGAAAGUUCUCGAGUGUAAAGGAAGAGUAAAUGGAUACGAGCCAAUAUACCUUGACGGAGGACUGUUCGUAGAAAAGUUAAUAACCCACAGCAAGAUCAAACAUUUCGGUGUCGCAAAUACCAUGGCUGCUUUGAGAGAACAGUGGUGGAUACCACAACUUAGAUCAAAGGUGAAAAAAUUAAUCAACAAUUGCAAUAUCUGCAAGUUGUAUUCCACGAAGCCGUAUUGGUCACCAUUGACGAGCAACAUGCCCAGCUUUAGAACAGAAGCUAGCGAACCAUUCGAAGUCACCGGUGUCGAUUACGCCGGGCCGUUAAGGCACAAAAUCAGUAAGAGAGAAGAGGGAAAGUGCUACGUAUUAAUCUUCACGUGUGCAGCAUCUCGAGCGAUCCACCUGAAACUAACCAAGAGGCAAGAAGCAGAGGAAUUCCAACAAAAGCUCAACUCAUUCAUCGCUCGAAGAGGAAGACCUCGAUUAAUGAUAUCGGACAACGCAGCGACAUUUAAAACGACAGCCAAACUAAUCAAAGCCAUUAGAAAGAGUGAGAAAUUGCACGAUUUCCUAGCAGCACAAGGUAUACACUGGAGAUUCAACCUUGCUAAAUCCCCUUGGUGGGGAGGGAUCUAUGAAAGAUUGAUUCGGGAAGUAAAGAAAACCCUUUAUAAGACCCUCGGAAGAUCGCACCUUUCAUUCGAGAAUUUGGAAAUGGUCCUCAUGGACAUUGAAAUUAAUAUGAACAAUCGUCCAUUAACCUAUGUCGAAAGCGAAAGUGGAGAGGAAGAAGUACUAACGCCAAACGUUCUCAUCCGAGGGAAAAACACUUACCUUCUUGAUGACAUAGAGAAUGAGACGAGCUUACGAAGAUGCAAAAGAGAAUCGCCAAAGCAAAGAACAACGCUUGGAAAAGAUGGCAACGAGAAUACGUACACAGUUUAAUGGAAAGCCAACGAGUAAACGGAAAGCCAGUUAA